CGUCAUCGCUAAACAGUUCUUCCGUUGACUGAGGUAGGAGGAAUUGGGCUUCGGUAGUUUUUAAUCGCUGAAAGCGUCUUUUACGGGCAUAGUGUUAUCGUGCAUCAAGUUGAUGAUUUGAUAGUGCGCGGACAAGUGAUAGUGCAAUAAAAGGAUCAAAUAUUGUGAGAAAAUGUCAACAAAAGCGAGUAAGAAGAACAUAUCGACCAGCUCGAGUAGCAGCGUGCAAACGCCGCAAUUCAGCACGUCAACGCCGGUCGGGCAACGACCAGGAAGUCCUCUAAGUCCGACUCGUUAUUCUCGUCUUCAAGAGAAGCAGGAUUUACAAAAUCUAAAUGACCGGUUGGCUUGUUACAUCGACAAAGUACGGCAUUUGGAAUCGGAGAAUUCCAGACUUACGCGGGAGGUUCAGACGACCCAGGAGACUAUCACCCGCGAAGUAUCCAACAUAAAGUCGAUGUAUGAGCAUGAAUUAUCCGAUGCAAGAAAAUUAUUAGAUGACACUGCGAGAGAACGAGCAAAGCUCGAGAUUGAUACUAAACGACUAUGGGACAACAAAGAAGAACUUAAGUCCAAAUUAGAAAAGAAACUAAUGGACUUGCAAGUUGCUGAAAGAAAUUUGUUAUUGUAUGAAACUCGCUACAAUGAUUUGCAAUCACAAUAUAAUCAGUCUCAAGCAGAACGUAAAAGAUUGACUGAAAGAGAAAGAGAAUUGGAACAGGAAGUAGAAAAAUUAAAAACAUUAUUGGAAGAUGCACGUAAACAUCUUGGAGAAGAAACUUUGCAACGUGUUGUCCUUGAAAAUAGCAUUCAAAGUCUAAAAGAAGAUAUUAGUUUCAAAGAUCAAAUUUAUCAACAAGAAUUGACAGAAACAAGAACAAAGCGACAGAUGGAAAUCUCCGAGAUAGAUGGUCGUCUUGCUGAACAAUACGAAGCUAAGUUGCAACAAUCUUUGCAAGAAUUACGAGAUCAAUAUGAAGGACAGAUGCGAGCUAAUAGAGAAGAAAUUGAGUUAUUAUAUGAAAGUAAGAUUAAAAAUUUGACAUCUCAUGCUCAACGUACCAGCGGGGCUGCUAGUUUAGCUGUUGAAGAGUUGAGACAAACAAGAACAAGGGUUGAUGGACUUAAUCAAAAAAUCAAUGAACUGGAAGCAUCCAAUAACGCCCUUAAUUCACGAAUCAGAGAUUUGGAAAACUUACGUGAAAAUGAGAAAGCACGUCAUGCGGAAAGUAUGGCAUCAGCAGAUGCAGAAUUGGCACGUAUGCGUGAUGAAAUGACUCAACAACUACAAGAAUACCAAGAUCUUAUGGAUAUUAAAGUUGCUCUUGAUUUGGAAAUUGCUGCAUAUCGUAAACUUUUGGAAUCUGAAGAAGCCAGAUUAAAUAUCAUGCCUGCACAAUCAUCUACAACAACAGUGUCUAGCGGUAGAAGUACUCCUUCAAGACAUACACCUUCAAGAGGUGGAAAACGAAAACGUACUUUAUUAGAGGAAAGUGAAGAACGUAGCAGUACUGAUUACAGCGUAUCUGGAACAGCUAGAGGUGAUAUAGAAGUUACAGAAGCUGAUCCUCAAGGACGAUUUGUGAAACUUACCAACAAAGGCAGUAAAGAAGUAGGACUUAGUGGGUGGCAAAUCAUUCGUAAAGCUGGAUCUCUGGAAACAGUAUUUAAAUUUCAUCGUACUGCAAAGAUAGAACCAGGAGCUACUGUAAUGGUAUGGUCGUCAGAUAUUGGUGCUACACACGAACCACCAUCAAAUAUUGUCAUGAAGAGUCAAAAGUGGUUUACAGCAGAUGUUAUGACAACGAGACUUCUUAAUAACGAAGGCGAAGAAAUGGCCACUUCAGAAUGCAAAAGGCAACAGUUAUCCUCAUCUCUGUCUCGGCAUAGAGAAAAUUUGGGUUUCCGUCCUUCCGAGGAUCUUCACCAUCAACAGAGAAGAUAUCUCUACCCAUAUUAAGUGGGCGACCGAAUGGUUCUGAUGAGUCGAUUUAUGCCGAUCCCCAAGGAGAGGAAUUCUGUUGCCUUAUGUAAAAACAAAUUUAUAAAAUAAUUUUAAGAACUCUAAACAGCACAUUUUAAAAAUGCUUGAAAGGUACAGGAAAGCAACACUUGAGAGGCUCGUUUAGAGGUCGAGCCCAUUUCAUCAACACAAAGAAUAUUCAUAUGAUAAUGUUUUGAAUGAUUUAUUUUGCUUAAGAAAAUAAUAAAGAAGAGAUUUAAAAGAGAAUUCACGACGCUAUUAGUACUUUAUACUUCUAGAGAGAUAUGUACACCAUAUAAGAAAAUAUUCUGUAAUAUACUGUUUAAAUCAAACUUAAAAAGUUUCAUGAUGACUGAAACGAUUAUUGCAUUUAUAUACUUGCACAUCGUACAAAACUUGUUUGUCCGUUGUAUCGAAGUUACUACUUUAUUAAAUAACGAGCACGAAAAAUUUUUUCAUCGAGACCGAUAUAUUUUUGGCGUAACAUUUAUUUUUACCUAGUCGUUAAUCGUGCCUUUUCAAAUGUAAAAAAGAGAUCACUUUUCUUGGUAGAUAAUAGUAUUUAUUUUUAAGUACAAAACCCGGAUGAAAUAGGAGUGUGGUGCCUGUAUAAUAUUCAAGCAUAUUCAUUUGACAAAAAAAAUAUCUAUACUAUAUUAAUUUAGUUAUAUCUGCUCC